GGGGACCUAGUCAAGAUUCGGAUUAUGUCGAAAUACCCCAAAUAACGUCAUACAAGUUACCUGGGCUAAGAUUUUGUAUGAAACAAAGAAAAUUCAAAAGCCUGGAAUAGAAAAAAUAUGAAUUAUCAAUUAAAAUCUCCUCAAAAAUCCAUUUAUUUUAUAAAAUACAGCAGUAAACCGGCAACACAUUCAACCUUGGCCCAUCCAAAUUACUCGGCAACUCACUGAUCCUUUGAUUUGUCUCAUCUUCUUGAAAAUUGUCCAACUCCUCACUAGUCAACUCCACCUCAUACUGUACACUCAAAUCAGCCCUGUGCCCUCCAACCUUAACAAUUUUUUCUUGCAACUUUUGAUAUUCGUGCGCAAUUUCGUGCCUGGACCGAUCCAAAACACCCUGUAACUCAUUCAAAAGUCUGGAUCUUUCGUCUUCUAAAUUCAGCAUUUUGUAACGUAAAUCGCUGUAUUGGUUAAACGGUUCCGAUUGGUCAAUGUAUUGGUUAUUUGUUGGAAUAAUUGCUGCAUUGUUGAUUGCCUGGAACAAUUCGUGUUUCUUGUUUUCUAAGUUGAUUAUUUUGCGUUGUAAGCGGAAGCGUUCUUCUACUAGGGUGGAGUUUUUGUUGUUACCGGAAAGGUCACUUUCUAGUUCUAGGAUGUUUCUCAGCCAUUUGGGGUUGUUUGAUUUUGGGUGUAGGAGUAGAAACUUGAUUUCUGCUUGUUCUUGUUUCAAAUUGUUUAUUUGCGUUUGUUGGAUUUUUGUUAGGUUUUCCAGGUUUUUGAUGAUGUCAAUUGUAUCUUCUCCACUAUCAUUGUCGAUAAAACUCAAAUCUCUUCUAACAUUUUCGCUUUCUUUUUGUAUGAUUCCAAUAGUCUCUUGUAGAAAUUCCUCUUCAGAUUUUCUGGAAGAUUUUUCCGUAACAAUUAACGCUUCAUCUAGCAGGGCUUUAAACGCUGAAUUUUGCUGCUCCAAAAGCCCUAUACGCUUCCUAGUUUUGAUUAUUUCAUUUUGAAUUUCCAUUAGUACAAAAAUUUCGAAAAAUAGAGUGUCAAUGUCACAUUGAUUGAUAUUAAAAAAUCAAAAUUCUCGUUGUCAAAAUCAAAAAAUGUCGGACGCAAUUUCUACAAAAAUCCGUCAGUUGGAAGUACAAAACGAGAAACUACGAAGAUUGUUGGAUUCUACCUUUGAAAUUACUCGUCAAGAUGCCGCAAAAUGUCGCAAGCUUACAUUGGAGGUUGAUUUUCUUAGACAAGCCAUUGUAGACUUGGAAAAUCAAAAACAAGAACUUGAAGAUGAGUUGAUGAAUGAAUAUUUGGACAAAGACCAUUCGGAUAAUAACAAGGCUGACAUUGAAUGUAGGCUUAAAAGUGCUCUAGAUGACAUCCAACGAGGCUCUAGUGAAAUAAAGCAGCUAAACCCAGAAGGGCCUUAUUUGACAGAUGCCUUAGUUGAACUGGAAAAGGAAAAAGAGCUCCUCUUAAGCGACAUAGAGCUGUUGAAAAAAGCAAACGAACAACAAAAUGCUUUUGUGCAAGAAAACUUAUUAUUGAAACAAGAAAUUGCUAAUCUAGAAACUAUUCCAGCUUCAAUAAGCAACCAGGAUUUAGUUGACAAACUAGUGAGCAUCCAAAACUCGAAACAAACCCUCCUAGCUGACAUCAAUGCAGCUAAACUCAAAACCGACCCAUUAGGAAUCCCUAUUGAAAACACUGUUUUAGAACUAAAAAUUUGCGGCCUUGAAAACCAAAUGGAUAAACUUUUAAUAAACCUGAAAACAAGCCUUUUACAGUCUGCCAAUGAAAUCAGCACCCUGUAUGCAAACACUUCAGAUAACCAACUCAGAGGGCUUUUGAACGAGCUGGACAUACAAAAGACAAUUCUACUAAUGAAUUUAACUGAAAUCAAAGAAAUGCACUCGGAAUCUAAAAACUUGACUCCAGAUGUUUCAAUCUGCUCAGAAUUGAGCCAUCACGAUUUGUUGGCAACAGUUUCUGAAGAAGAUGAGGCUCCGAAUUUUGUUGCCGAGCCUGAAAUUAAUCAAGACGCCAUUUUGAUUGUCCCAUCUAAAGAAGUGCCCACUAAUAAAAUGAACCAGAAUGAUGAGCAGCUUUUGGUUCAUGGGAUUCAGGAACUUGAAGAGGACAAAGACAGGAUCGGACCAAAUUUGGAUGGGGAUUUGAUGGUGGAUGUUAGAGCCGUUUUAGAGGAAGGCGAGCGACUGAUAAGGUGUCACCAAGAAAAAAAUUAAUUAAGAUGUGUAUUUGAUGUUUUGCUAUUUGAAUAAAAUGUCUUAUGAGUAGGUAGUGGUAAUUGUUUAAAAUGUUUGUACGUCUUGCUACAUAAAUACAAACACAUCAUAGUAGGCUUUGGGCAGCCAUUUUGAAAUUGUGUUUGUCACAGGAGUGGCACAAUUACAAUUGAAUGGAAUUCUAGUUAAGGGAUGUCACGUUACCAAUACUGAGUUUGGCUUUGCACUCCACGAAGUGGAACGAUAUGACCAUAGAUAUCGUGAUUGUGAC